GCUGGUCUCCUCCCGGCACCAUGAACCACGCUUCCCAGCCCUUCUUCACCCGAGCCCAGACCGGCCUCCCCCCAAACUAUGAGGUGCUCAAGGAGGAGCACGAGGUGGCCGUGCUGGGGACGCCCCACGGCCCCGCGCCCUCCACAUCCACCGUGAUCCACGUCCACAGCGAGACCUCCGUGCCCGACCACGUCGUCUGGUCCCUGUUCAACACGCUCUUCAUGAAUUGCUGCUGCCUGGGCUUCAUAGCGUUCGCCUACUCCGUGAAGGCUAGGGACAGGAAGAUGGUGGGCGACGUGACCGGGGCCCAGGCCUACGCCUCCACCGCCAAGUGCCUGAACGUCUGGGCCCUGGUCCUCAGCAUCCUGGGGACCAUUCUGGUCGUCGUCAUCACGGUGGUGGUCAGCAUCCAGAGCUUUUCCUAGGACCGGAGGCGACAUCAAGGCUGCUGGUGGCUGCCCAGGCCUGCGACCCCCGUCCUCCACCUUCCGUGCCUGGCCCUGCCCCCGGCCCCCACCGCUUUGUGCCGCGGUUCCUGCUCACACGCCUGUCCCCAUGGGGGUCAAUAAAGCGCACGUGUUCCUGA